AUGGCUGUGCCGGACUCUCCUCAGCGCGGGGUCGCCGCCACUACCCCCGUCUCCGCCAGGAAGAGAGGCAGGCCGUCUGCUAGGGGGGCUGGCGAGAUCAUCAAGUUCUCAAGAAACGGCAAGGAAGUGCUUUUGCCGACACCGGUGACGUUUCCGGAUGCGUGCCUUGUAGCGGGAGAGGCCACAGGCGUCGACGCCACCCAAGUCAGACUGCAAACGAGGGACCUUGCUGCGUGCCAGGGUCAACUCUGCGAUCUGAACGAGCGUAAUUGGGAGGUUAGCCGUCCCUACCUGCUUCAGGUAUUCGUGUCCGGCCCAGUCGAGGGAGCCUCGCCCCGCGCUGCUGUAGGAGACGGAGUUCUACCGGCGUCGAGCGGGUCAUCGCAGCCUGGCGCUCGGGCCGUGACCGUCUAUCCGGGCACCCAAACCGAAGGCUGCAUCGACAUCCGCAUCCUCUACACCAACUACCUCGACGAUGUAAUCGCACGCUCGUAUCGCGUACGCGUCUCGCAGCCCUUGCGCUGGGUGUUCGACGAUUUCGCAGAAUUUAUGAUGCGUCCUCUUGACACCUUCGAAUUCAGGGUCGACGAACGGCAGAUCACGGCCAUGGACACUGCCAGAGGCCUCGCCUUGGCGAACGACGCUGUCAUAGAUGUGAACGACUGCGAGGACUGGGUUCACACUGAUGAUGCGCGUUUGGAAGAUCCGGAGUAG